AUGGAGGACAGCCUAAAGCAGCUCAGCCUGGGGAGGGAUCCUGAGGGGGCAGGGGACAGCCAGGCCCUGGCUGAGCUCCAGGAGCUUGCCCUGAAGUGGUUCAUGGAGACACAGGCCCCCUUCAUUCUGCAGAAUGGUGCUCUGCCUCCCUGGUUUCAUGGAUUCAUCACCCGCAAGCAGACGGAGCAGCUACUCAGGGACAAAGCUCUUGGUUCCUUCCUCAUCCGCCUCAGUGACCGAGCCACUGGCUACAUCUUGUCCUACAGGGGCAGCGAUCGCUGCCGACAUUUUGUCAUCAACCAGCUUCGAAACCGGCGUUACAUCAUCUCAGGGGACACCCAGAGCCACAGCAACCUGGCUGAGCUUGUGCGCCAUUACCAGGAGGCACAGCUUGAGCCCUUCGAAGAGACGCUGACUGCUGCCUGCCCCCGGCCAGAGGACAAUGAUCUGUAUGAUGCCAUCACCCGGGGCCUCCACCAGCCCAUCAUGGACCCAGAAAACCCACCUGCCACGGCAUCCCCCACAGUGGUCCCAGACAAGGCCGCCAGCCCCUGCUCUUCUCCAAAGCCCCAGGUCUCCUUCCUCCAUGCACAGAAGAGCCUGGAUGUGAGUCCCUGGAACCUCUCCCAGGAGGAAAGCAUGGAGGCUUCCAUCAGAGUGUCCCCACUCCCUGAGAGGAGUUCCUCCCUCCUGGAACAGUCUUUUGGAGGCCCCAAUGACAUCAUCUAUGCAGACCUGAGGAAGAUGAACCAGGCACGGCUAGGCUUGGGCACAGAGGGGUCCGGCAGGCCUGGGCCAGUUCCAGCUGGCAGCCAGGCCUACUCCCCAGGCAGGCAGGCCCAAAGGAGACUCUCAGAUGGAGAACAGAAUAGGCCUGAUGGCCUGGUGCCUGCCCUCUCUGGGGUGAGCCCAGACCAGGGUCCCACAGAGUCUCCCACUUCCUGGGGGUGUUCUGAUGCCAUGGGAUCCCUGGGGGCUACCUGGAGGCAGGAGUUUCCAAAGCUGAGCCAAGAGGCUCAGCCCUGCUCCCAGGACAGCUCUGCAGAUAUCUAUGAGUUCAUCGGGACAGAAGGCCUCCUGCAAGAGGCCAGGGACACACCAGACCAAGAAGGCAGUACCUAUGAGCAGAUCCCAGCUUGCUGGAGUGGCCCAGCCAGGGCCCCACAUCCUGGGGCCAGUCCCACAUAUAGCCCAUGGGUCCAUGGGCCCAUGGACCAUGGCUACAAGAGGAUCUCAGGGACCCCAGGGCUCUCAGAGCCUGGGAACACCUAUGAGCAGAUCCCAGCAACCAAGAGCAAGGAGACUGGAUGGACACACAAGCCUGACAAGCUUCGGAGGCUUUUCUUCACGUACAGGAAGCACAAAUCCUGAGGGCCUGGCAUCCGGCAGCCUACCAGUGGGUUUCCUGGUACCCAGGCCAUGCCAGGGGUUAUCGCAAAGGCCUCAGCUCACUUGAAGGCACCCUUUGGAUCUUGAGACUCAUCCAGCCUGCUACAGAACUAGGCUCCGAGACAGCCGAGGUGCCUGCCUGAGAGCAGGUGGAAGAGGACCUUGCAGGUGCCUGCAGCUCCUGGCUAUGUCCUGCUUUCCUUGUGCCUCCCAUCCAUGCACAGGAGGGAAUCAAGGCUGGAGAGGAAUGAGACUGGCCAAAGGUAGGGGUAACCACCCCCAUUUCCCAGAUGAGCAUGCUGAGGCCCAGGCAGACUGACUGAACCUGCCUUCCACUACUGAGCACUUACCGAAUGUGUGGCAGGCUGUGUGCUAGGACAGACACCUUUCUAACUGGCCAAGUGACAUCAUGCAAUUGCUACUGAGAACAAAACCAGUUCCCCUCCUUGUGGCCCCAUCAGUGAAAAGGAGGGGAGGGCCAGAAGCCACAUCCUCUGCUUCAGGCCUGUUCGCUCCAGCUGUGCC